GCACGUGUUCUAAAGUAGAUGGGCGUUGUAAAGUGUCCUUGACAAUAGAUUUGAAUAUCUGAGACCAUUGUGGUCUUUGCUCUGUUCUAACUCGUGGUUGAGAGAAUUGAGGCAAAGCAGCAACGCAGACUGAGAGCUGAGGAGGCUGAACAUGAAGAGAGGCCACGAAUUGAAUGGGCCAUGGAGAGUGAGCUGUACGCUCAUACUUACUGCAGUGGUGGUGUCUCCAGAUCAGAACAGAAGCAUGUUGGCAGAAGAAUUUAAUAUAAGUUGCAGAUAUGGAGGAGUUUUCCAUGUUGAGAAAAAUCGUCGCUACAGUCUCACACGAGAUGAGGCAGUUGAACUCUGCAAAGCUCUCAAUAGUACCCUGCCAACAAUGGACCAGAUGGAGAAAGCUCACAAUUUAGGAUUUGAAACUUGCAGGUAUGGUUACAUAGAAGACAAAAUUGUAAUCCCACGAAUCAAGCCAUAUUUUCUUUGUGCAGCAAAUAACACUGGAAUUUACAUACUCACUUCAAAUAUAACAGACCGGUAUGAUACAUAUUGUUAUAAUGCAUCGGAAACCAGGGAAAAAGCAUGUGAACCAAUCAUAAGACUAGAUGUUUCUGGGCAUGAUAAUCAAAGCCAAAUAGUCAUAGAUAAUGCAGAUGGCUCACGUUACACUGAUGGUGUGAAACACACUGACCCAACUCCAGUUACAGAUGAUAAUCAUGUGGGUAGUGGGUCAGUACACGACGGAGAUGUAACAAACCCCACCAUCAUCGGAUCUCACAUAACUGGUGCCUCAUCUUAUGGCUAUAUAACCCCAGAUGCACUGUCAACAGAUUAUUCUUCUGGGUCGGGCAGAAAGGAAGAUCAUCCCACAAGUACCAAUGAUAUUGCAACAUCCUUCAAUGGCAAGUGGGGUGAAGAUUCAACUAUUAUUUCACUGAUAACUGAUGGUGUUCCUGGAAAAGACAGUGAUCAUCCUCGCAAAGGACAGCAUCCCACAAGUACUACUGUGGAUCGCCACCAUUACACACAUCAUGAAACCACCACCCAAGCAAAACCAUUUCCCCCCACAUGGUGGCAUUCUGUAAAUUCCAAGGAACAGCACCUGACAACUGCUAGUAACGCUGUGAAGCCCGUUCAUGAGGAAACCUCCACCCAACCUCAAUGGAAUCAAUUUGCUGACUCUUGGUGGUGGUGGUCCCACCCUGGCCACAAGGAACAGCAGCCUACUCAGGAAACAGGGGAUCUCAGCUCACAUGAUGAUGGUGCAGAUGGUGAAGACUCAACACAGUAUCCCUUAACACCAGUAAUUUCCCUUGGAGGGGACAACAGUGAUGACAAGGAACAGCACUCUCCAAGUAGCACUGUGACCUCGCAUCAUGGUGCACAUGAGGAAACUUCCACCCAACAUGAGGGGAAUCCAUCCCCUGACAUUUGGUGGGGGUCCACUACAGAUAACAAGGAGCAGCAUCCAACCACAGCAACUAACGAUAAGGAUUCACAAGAAAAUGAAACAGAUGAUGAAGAUUUACUACAAGAUCCAUUACACUCUGGAUGGGACACAAAUGAUGACACGGAACCGCACUCUCCAGUUACCACUGUGGAUUCCCAUGGUGAUCCUAAGCGUAUAGAAUCAACCCAAGAUCCUUUGUUACAUAAUGUUUAUUUUGGAAUGGACAAAGAUGAGGACAAGUAUCCCACAAACACUACUGUGGAUAGUGUGAAGCCUGCACUUUUCCCUGCAAAGGAAAGAGAUCAUUCUUCUUCAAGUGUGACUGUGAAUAAUGAAAUAGGACGCAACACAUAUACUCCUACAGUUGUGGUCUCCAAUGAAGGUGCCAAAAAUGAAGACCCAACCCAAGAUCCACUGCUGAAUGGGGCUCAUCCUGGAUGGAGCGAUAAAGUCAAGUAUUCUACAAAUACUACUAGGAAUGAUGUACUAUCUGGAGUUAUUCCUUCACAUGGAAGUGAACAUUCAACUACAGCUAUGGUCUCCAAUGGUGAGGCCAAACAUGAAGACUCAACCCAAGAUCCACUACUGCAUACCGUUCAUCCUGGUUGGAGCAAUGCAGAGAAGUAUCCCACAAAUGUCACUAGGGAUGAUGUGCUGCCUGGAAUUAUUCCUCCAAGUGAAAAUGAUCAGGAAAAGGAAUCUUCUCAUACAGCUGUUACCUCCAAUGAUGGUGCCAUAUAUGAAGACUCAACCCAUGAUUCACUGCCUCCAGAUAAUCAACCAGGAUGGGGCAGUGAAGACAAAUAUCCCACAAAUACCUCCAGGGAUUAUGUCAUACCUGGACUUAUUCCUGAAAAUGAAGAUGAGUCUUAUACAGAUACCACUGUGGUCUCCAAUGAUGGUGCCACACAUGAAGACUCAACCCAAGAUCCAUUGUUGCACAGUGUUCAUCCUGGCUGGGGCAAUGAAGACAAGUAUCUCACAGCUACCUCUAGGGAUGAUGUGCUACCUGGAAUUAUUCCUACAAGUGAAACUGAACAUAAAAAUGAUUCUUCUCAUACAGCAGUGGUCUCCAAUGAUGGUAUCAAACAUGAAGAUUCAACUAAAGAUCCACUGACACCUGGCAUUCAUCUUGGAGGGGAUAAUGAAGACAAAUAUCCCACAAACAAUCCCAUUGAUAAACCUGGAGUUUUUUCUGACAUUGAAAGUGGACAUGGCAGAGGACCAGCUUCUACAGUCACCAGUUCUACACGUAACAAACAUGGUGGCAGAAGAGCAAAUCCAUCUGGACAGGUCACAGAACCAAACAUAACUUCACAGCCAAGAUCAGCCCAAAUACCAGAAUGGCUGAUCAUAGUGGCUUCUCUUCUGGCACUGGCAUUGAUUCUGGCAGUCUGCAUUGCUGUCAACAGUCGGAGCAGAUGUGGGCAGAAGAAAAAGCUAGUGAUUAACAAUGGCAAAGGGUCAGUGUCAGACAAGAAGAUGGGUGGACUGAAUGGAGAAGCCAGCAAAUCUCAAGAAAUGGUGCACUUGAUACAUACAGAACAGCCAGAUAAUCGAACAGGAUCAUGUGAUGAAUUCCUGACCACAGACGAAACGAAAAAUCAGCAAGAGGCUACCAUGAAGACUGGGAUGUAAUUAGAGUUGGUUCAUCUUGUAGAUCGAGAGUUGGGGAAAUCAAAAUCACAUGGAACUGGGCCUGGAACUCACAGAUGCAAUGUGCUACUGAUGUCUUUUGAGCAUAAUUAAGCAUACAUUUUAUUCUUUUUAAUAUUUUUAAAAAUCAGGUCCAAAUUUUAAAAAAUUGACAUUGCUUUCUGAUAUAAGCGCCUGAGACUUGCAUAAAUUUGGCAGUUCCCAUUUCCUUCCUGGAAGACACUUAUAUGUAAGGAGGGAUGUUAGUUGAAAUCAUAUUUUCUCCAGUUGAGGCACCUUCACUAAGUGGAUAUACAGAAAUAUCUAGUCACUCCAUCUCAAAGGCAUUUAUGAUACUAAAUUUACAUAGUAUGAGCAUAAGUGAGGAAUAAACAUCUAGAGAGAAAUAGAGUUAAAGAAAAAAAGGCUUCUGUAGAGUUUAUAUUACCCUAGAGUCUUUUAAAAUCACCUUUCAGCCCUGCGGAGUUUGUCAGGUACAUUCAGGAUCUGCUGGUAUAGGCAAACUGUGACAUUUUAGAUUACAUCUUAGAUUACAACUAGGGCUACAAUGAGAGAACCCCAAAGGACAAAACUAUUUAUCUCUAUUUUUUAAAUGCCCAUGGAUAUAUAAUGUCAAUAAUUUUUAUUGGGGCAAGUGGGAAAAGACAUGAAAACUUGAGCUGAUACAUAAUAAACUUCUAUUCUUUAUUAUCUUAACAAUCUGUGCAGUUAUCCUUCAGUUUCAAAACUGUCUGUUGCUGUUCCCCCCCAUCAAUCAUAUUUUGAGUAUGUUCCCUACUUGUUAGUUAAGUUGACAAAUAAAUGCAGUGACCACAACUCAAAGACAUAUUUCAAAACCUAGCAGUAGGAAAUGAUCAAAUAAGAUGGCAAUAUUUUGUUUCUUGCAGAAUAGGGCUCUAUCUAUCCCUGCUCUCAGAUUUAUCAUAAGAUGUUGAGCUUAGCACAACCUGUUUUUUCCCGUAAUGGUUGCAUGUUACACUAUCUUGCUGAUAUUUUAACAGUCAAAUUAAAAUUAUGUGAUGUUCUCUUUUGGAUUCUACUUCCACCAUCUUUUUGUUUAAACUCUGAUUAUUAAAAAUGCCAAGAGAAAUAUUGUUCACUUGUUGAAACAAGAAGUUGGAAAACUGCAUAAAGAUCAAAGAAAAUGAAAGAAAACUAUUCCAACAACAUAAAAUAGCUGCAGCUGCACUGACACAUGCUUCCCUCCCCUUUGUACAUCCCAUUUAUGUAAAGUAUUUGUGUAAACUAAGAUGGCGUGCAGUAACGUACACUGAAUUGAUUGUAUAUAUUAUCAGCAAGAAAUCGAAUUACCAGCAAUAGUCUAUCCAACUUCACUUUAAUGAAAAAUCUAAGUAAAAACAAUUCAUUAUGUAAUUAUAAUUAAUGAGGACCCUAUGCACCAUGGGAUGGGAACUGUUAAAUGUUUAGUCAGUUAAGCAAAAUAGUCCCAUUCACUGACCAUGGAUCCUUAAUGAACUGAGAAGAGCCCACUAGAGUCAUUUAUUUUAAUUUCCUUUUUGAAGAAACUUCAGCAGUUAAAAUUUCAGCUAGAAUUGUCUAAUAUUGUGCUUUAUUCAUACCACUGUGCAUGAAAUUGCUGAGGUUGUGUUUCUCAAUGUAGAUCUUUAGCAGCUCUCCAUAAGUGUUUAAUGACAUACUGUAACUCGGUAACAUUCUCAGGCAGAUUGCCAUGGGUGAAAUUCACCCUUGUGCAAGAGGGCCAGCAAAGCAUGACUUAAUUUGACUGCUUAAGUGGCAUAUGUGCUGGCCCACUGAACAGGGAUGUUUCAUAUAUAGAAAGUCACAUGUUCGUGGGCUGUAUUUGAUCAUACGCUUUGAAGUCAAUGGAGUUAUACCUGUUUACAUCAUCAGUAAAUACGGUCCAAUGUCAACAUUCUCAUCCCAUCAUGAACAUACAUAACUCACUUAUGCUGUGGGAUAUUUGUUUCCUUCAGGCAUUUUUCAUUCCUGAAGUAGGUUUUGACAGUGUUUUCCAUCAGCCAUUGUAAAUCGGAAUGGUCUCUUGAAGGAUGCAUUUAAAUGGGCACUGUGCAUAAAAUUUGAUCAAAGCAGAGAGUCAGAACAAGGCCUAUUCACCUCUUGAAUCCUAGCUGAACAUAGGGUCUCUACAAAGACCUCUUUAAGUACAGGCUUUGGCAUGUUACACAUUCGAAUUCUUACUCUAAAGAGGAGUAUACCUAUUUAGAUAUUUAAAGGGGAAAUCUGCCAUUUCCUUCCCAGAUUACUCAAUUUUAGUAUCUAAUGGCAAGGACAUCAAGACUUGACUUCUUUGGAGGUUUGCUUUUUUAUUUUUUUGAUAAGGUGGCAUAAAAUCUCUACUACAGAAGCAGUGCCAUUAUUUUAUAUAUGCAAAAGUGAUUCAUAUUAGAUGUCAUGUGCCACAUGUGUAAUUAAUUUGCAUUAUAGUUUCAAAACUAGAUUGUCAUUUCAUGCAUAUAACAAUUGUUUGUACUGAGGUGGGGUUUUUAUUGUUUGGGGACUUUUUUUGUUUAUUACAGAGCACCCUUGAUAUAUUUGUAUAUUUAUUAACUGAUUAAUUAGAAGGAAGAAGGAAUCAUCUCAAAAUUUUAACCAGAGACAUGGAAAAAAAGUAAAUUGAGCUUCCAAAAAUAAAUUUGAUUCUAAAUUAAGGGAAAAGAUAAGACUGGCAUUAUUAUAAGCUAGGGGUUUGGGUUUUUUUUUGUUUUGCUUUGUACCAGUGAGCCACAGGUCUAUUUACAUGGUUGUAAACCCUAGGCUACACCCAGCUGAAACUCCCUGUACUCUUGCAUGCUUUACUAACAUUGUGUGUGGGGUUUCCAAGCAUUCAUUCAUCUGGGGAAAAAGCUCAGCUUGGCAGUUGAAAUGGGUGGUUUGGCGUCUCUAGAAAUUGGAUGAUGAGUCUAAUUCUCAUCUCACCUAGAGCUGAAUCCUGUAAGAUGCUGACCUCCCAUUGAAGUCAGUGGCCGUUGAGGGGGCUCAGCACCUAAUGGAAUCAAGCCCUUACAUCUGUGUCACACCACUAACUUAGAGCGAUUUGGUGUGUGCAUGGGCCCAAAUAUUUUUUGCUGGCACCACUUAAUUUUCCAGUGAGACAGGUUUAAAAAGCAAAGUUUAGGGCAACCUUGUAAGCAGCAUAUGGUGUUCAAUUACCUCAGACAAUGCUGAAAAUAAGAAAUAUAGCCAAUACUUGAAUUUACAUGGAAAGGUUAUCCAAAGCACCGAGUGUAUGAAGAGUGAGAGGUGACUAUAAUCGCUCUCAUUCUGAUCAAUGAUUUCACCCAUGUUUUCUGGAUGAUUUAUAAAGAAUGGUUUAUUGAAGCAGAGAAGUGAGAAGGGUUACAUUAUGUUAAAACGCUUUAUGGUAAGGGAGUGUUUUAAAUAUUUUCCACAACGUCUGUGGGAAUCAGAAUUCCAGUAUGAUAUUUUUAUGUUUUUUCUGGCAUCUCAGGGAUGUUUUUUGUGUGUAAUUUGACAGUAACAAGAACCUACCCCUGUAUUAAAUAGCUUGGAAGGAUUUAGCAUGCUGAUGGAGACUUCCAAAGAGAUCAUUACCAGGGCCCUGAUUACCA